GGUUCAGAGCUUACACACAUAUCCUGUGCUCUCCACAGACAACCCGUGCCCGUGCAAGUAGCCCAUAUAAAGACAGUGGAAAUCACAACAAAAUGGAUUAUACUUCGCCAACCCCGAUGGGAGCAACUGAGGUAAACGCGAUAAAAUAUUAUGAUUACGACUCGUCAGUAACCGAAGACUACAGAGACUUCUCAAACCCCUGUGACAAGAGCUUUGUGCGGGAUUUCCGUAAAUACUACGAGCCGCCGCUGUACGUCAUCAUCACAUUCCUGGGGGUGCUGGGCAACGCGCUGGUGAUCUGGAUCUAUGCCUUCUACAGGACGCGCGUCAAGACCAUGACGGACGUCUACCUCCUCAACUUGGCGGUGGCCGACUUGCUGCUCCUGCUCACUCUGCCUUUCUGGGCGGCGGACGCCAUCGGCGGCUGGACCUUCGGCCCGGUGCUGUGCAAGAUCAACUCCGCCUGCUACAAGAUCAACUUCUUCAGCAGCAUGCUGCUGCUCACCUGUAUCAGCGUGGACAGGUACUACGUCAUCGUGCAGACCACCAAGGCGCAGAACUCCAAGAAGAAGAGGCUCCUCUGCAGCAAGUUGGUGUGCGUGAUAGUCUGGUCGCUCGCCGUGGUGCUGUCCUUGCCCGAGUUCAUCUUCGCCACCACCAAGGACUCCGAGGACUCCACCUGGCAGUUCUGCACCAUGGUCUACCAUAACAACCAGAACAACCGCACCAAGAUCAUGGUGCUGGCGCUGCAGAUCCUCAUGGGCUUCUGCCUGCCGCUGGCCGUCAUGUUCUUCUGCUAUGCCUGCAUCAUCCACACCCUGCUGAAGACGCGCAACUUCGAGAAGCACAAGGCCCUGCGCGUCAUCCUGGCGGUGGUGGCGGUGUUUGUCCUCUCGCAGCUCCCGUACAACGCCAUGCUGAUGGUGGAGGCCAGCCAGGCGGCCAACGUCACCAUCACCGACUGCCACGUGUCGCUGAGCUUCGACAUCGCCACACAGGCCAUGAAGGGCCUGGCCUACACGCACUGCUGCCUCAACCCCUUCCUCUACGUCUUCAUUGGGGUGCGCUUCCGAAGGGACCUGCUGAAGAUACUGCAUCACUACGGGUUCGUGUCGCCCAGCGGCAAGCUUGGCAAGACGCCGUUCCGCUCAUCCGUCAUGUCGGACACGGACACAACCCAGGCUCUUUCGCUGUGAUACUCUACAAUCACUCGUACCUCUGCCCCAGGAAGAGGUGACUGAUUGUUAUGGUAAAACAGCUUUAAACUUCAACAAGAAAUGCUCUCUGGCAUGGAGAAGAAGUCAUUUACACUGGCUGUGUCUUCAUAGGUGCCAACUGAAGGAGAGCGGCUGUUUGAAGGACUGGACAUUCUCACAGGGAUGCACAGGGCAGACCCAAGUCCUAGACUGAGCACAGACUUGAGAGCCAAACCAAGGCUGUUAUAAUGGAGAUGGUUCUCUUGCUAAAUGGGUCCAAAAUGGUGUCAGCCCACCAUUUGAUGUUCAGACCAUGAUAUAGUUUCUUUGAGAAGUGGGAACUCCAUGUUAGUUGUCUCUUCUUUGUUCAUAGCAUUAAAUGCCUUUUUUUUUACUGAUGAAUGUGAACAACUUCAGAAAGAAGUACUGUACUUGGAUUUUACUGUUACAUUUACAGCAGCUUCUCUUUUGUGUUUCCCAGAUGUGAUGAGCCAUUUUUGUUCAUACAGUUUGGAUUUUUGUUGCAUACUGUACUGUAUAGUAAAUUGUCUUAAAUGCGUUUUUCAAAGUCAUAAUGUAUUUGCUGCUGGUUAUUUGCUUAUGUGAAAAAAACAAGUCACAUGUCAACUGUGAAUAAAUUAAACUGAUA